AUGCUGGCCUCGGGGUUGGUCGGGGGGGCCCUGAGGCUUCUCUUGGUGGGUGAUGGCGCGGCCUUCAACGUCUCUGCCCCCCCCCUCCUCCACAUUUAUGACCCAUCGGUUGGGUCCUUCCUCUGCUCUAUGAACCAAUACCAUCUGUUGAUUGGAUCCCUCCUGUCCCCUGCCUCCCUCCUCUGGGUGUGGAGGACCUGGGCUUAUGUUCUUACUCUCAAAGGAGCAAUUAUGUAUACAGUUUUGUUUGUUCCAAAAAAAGUGGGGUCCAGCUGUUGGGUUGGGGGUUCUGCAGCCUCUGCCCCCACCCACGCUCGCCCGUGA